AAGUACGAGAGUGACUGAGAAAUACCUGUACUAAAAUGAAGGACAGGCUGGAUGAGCUAAUGAAAGUUGCAGACGGCCAGAAUGUGAACAAAGUGCUUGGUGGAAUUGAUAACCCACUGUUUGAAGGAGCGGGAUUCGGCAAAUUUGACUCAUUUUUUAACGAGGUUUCAGCCAUUUCCUCAAACCUCAACAAGCUGGAAAAGCUAGUUUGCGGUAUCCAGAGAAAGCAAGCAAAAGUGCUUUGUGGGACCGAAAGUGACAGCAUAUCCAAGGAAAAGCAAAGUCUGAUGGAUGCAAAGCGUGAUUUUACCCACGAGGCCAAGAACGUGCAAUCACAGCUGGACAUGAUGCAUUUCAAAUUUUCUCAGAAAAUGGACACUGCGCAGCUGUCAGUUGAGUACAGGAUCCACCAGUGCCAGUUUAACGCAUUGGCAGCCCGUUACCGGGACAUUCUAUCUUUGUACUAUGCGAAAGAAAUCGAGUACGUCGGUCGGUUGAAACAGCAAAUCGUUCGACAGACUCAGCUAGCGGGCUUGCAGCUGCAGGAUGAGGAUAUUGACCGUUUGAUGGAGAACACUUCAGCCCCACAAAUUGUUGGCCAAGAUCUGGAGACCCUCAAAGCCAAACAGCAUCUGGCUCUUGCCCAGCAGCGCCAGAAGCAACUGCUGCUCCUCGAAUCUCAGAUCGCUGAACUUCAUGAACUCUUCCUCCAGUUUGAGGUACUGGUAACCGAGCAGCAAGAGAUAGUGAACAGCAUCGAGUACAAUGUAAUGCGAACAGUCGAUUAUACCACUCAGUCAAGAGAUAACGUCAAAACUGCAAUAAAAUAUCAGAAAAAAUCUCGAGUUACUGCAGCCGCAGCAGUGGUAUUGAGCCUGUGUGCCUGUGUACCAUGCAUCGCGAAGUUGACGUCUUAAAUACGAUUCCACAA